AUGUCGUUUUAUAAUCCCUUUUCCUCCCUCAACGUCACUUUCACAUAAGCUCUCUCAUCUCUCAUAUCUCAUUGACCCAAGUUUUCUCCUUCUAUCAGCAUCAUCCGACAAGCUCGUCGUCGGUCUCUCCCGGCUCCGAUCUCGCGUGCCUUCCUUGCCGUCGUCAUCACUGGCGGCAGUAGCAGCAGCUCCUGGACCUGGACGUCGUCGCCGCUCCGUGUCUUGUCACUGCCUCGUAGUCAGUCUCGCGCCGUCAUUGCCCCCGUCGACGCCGAGACAGAAGCAGCAAGUCCCCGACUUCCUCCUCGCCUUCAGCAACUCCUCGGCCUCCUUCGCACAAUCUGGUCCCAAUCUGAAUUAGAAAGAAAACGAGUGUGGGUGCAAUGGAUGUUGAUUCGGAACCACUCAAUUCAGAAGAGAACGUUGAAGAUUGCUUGAUGACCGGUGUGGAAGAGAAUGUAAAUUGCACUUGUGAUUGCGGUGGCAGCAGUAGCAAGUGUGUUGUUGUGACGGCCGAUGAUAUUAUAAAUCAGACAUUUGAAACAUCGGAUGCAGCUUAUCACUUGUAUGUGCGUUAUGCAAGGUGUGUCGGGUUCGGAGUUCGCAAGGGUGAUAUAGCGCGUGGAAAAGAUGGAACACAACGCAGAAGGCGAUUUUUUUGCAACAAGGAAGGAAAGAGAGCCGAUAAAUACAUCUCUAAUUUGAACAGGAAGAGGGAGCAUAAAGCGCUGACUCGUACGGGUUGUGAAGCCAUGCUUGCGGUGUACUUUGACACCAAAACUUCAGCUUGGAGAGUUAAAAAAUUAGUUGAGAAGCACAACCACGAUCUUGUCCCCCAAUGCUUGGUACACCUAAUUCCAAACCACCGUGGGAUGAACGAGGCUCAAAAAACUCAGGCAAACACCAUGCACAAUAAUGGUCUUUCAAGCUCUAAGAUAAUGGGACUAAUGGUAGGCCAAGCCGGGGGUUAUGCUAAUGUCGGGUUCACAAAGAAGGAUCUGGAUAACCACAUUGAAAGAACUCGUCGUGCAAAGCUCAUUGGUGGGGAUUCUAAUGCAACAAUUAGCUAUCUACUUGGAAAAGCCGAUGUUGACCCCAUGGCCAUGGCAAGGUACAGUGCUACUGAUGAAAGUCGGCUGGCGAAUCUAUUUUGGGCAGAUGGCAUUUGUAGGGCGGAUUAUCAGUGCUUUGGAGAUGUGCUUGCAUUUGAUACAACCUAUCGGAAAAAUAAGUACAGAAGACCGUUGGUUAUCUUCUCGGGUUGUAACCAUCACCGUCAAACAUGCAUAUUUGGAUUGUUUCUGUAGUGGAAGCACCGCUGUAACCAUAGUGAAGCAGGAAUCAAUUCUGUUCAUGAGCAACAUAGGGGAUUCCCGAGCAAUCAUGGGAUCCAAGGACAGCAAUGACUCCAUGGUGGCAAUUCAGUUGAUGAUUGAUUUGAAACCUGAUUUGCCAAGGGAAGCUGAAAGAAUCAAAAGGUGCAAGGGCAAGGUAUUUGCCUUGCAAGAUGAACCAGAAGUUCCAAGGGUGUGGUUACCUUUUGAUGAUGCACCUGGAUUAGCAAUGUUACAAUUAUCGCUAAAGUCUCUCAGCAUAGAGCAUUUGUAGCAUUUUCUGUUUCCUAGAUGCAUAUUUUUUUCUUGUUUUGUUGUUUUGGUCCAUGUGAAAGUCAUCAAAUCAAAGUAACUUAGUUUAAGCUAUGUAUAACUUGCUGUAGGAAAAUUUUGCUAUGCAUAAUAGUUCUACCCAUGUAAGCAAGAAAAGCAUGUCAUUCUCAUCUAUGUGUAUGUUUACUUUUGUAAGUGAAUAGACAUAUGAUAUGGUGAUUUUGAAUGCAACACUU